AUGGGUCAACCGAGCCACGAAUUGCCUUUGCAUUCUGUCCAACAAGAACGUCCCGGAGAACAGCCUGAAGCUUUAAAUCAAAUUGUUGUUGUUGGACCAUUAAAGUGGUACCGGUAAGUGUUUUUAUUUUUUGUGGUUUUUGCUAAUAUGAAUUCUAUCCACUUGCUUAUUUUAAGAACAAGGACAAUGUGCAAACAAUUCUUUGAAUACUGUUGGUCUAAAGUGAAGAUGGUCAACACGUUUCUCGAGGCGGAACGGCCUUGGUGGCAGGAUGUCAUCAUUUACGGGAUCAUGAUAUUCAUAAUUGACCACACAAUUUUCAAAAUCGCUGCCCAAUACUGUUUUCAAUUUUUACAUUUUUUGAUCUUAUCGAUUUCUGAUGCCGAUCUGGAAUAA